UACUAAAAUAAUUGCAUAACAUAAAUUGAAGUCAGAGUCACUUCAUUGUAAAGUAUAAAUUAUUGUGUGCAGUUUUUUGCUAUUUCAGAAAAAUUCCAAGUUAAAAAAAAUGACGAUGCUCAAUUUAUUCGUUAUUUUAUUAUCUUUAUAUUUUUUUUAUGUAAAAGGAGCUUCUGUUUCAUCAGUGACCGAAGCUUCGUCGUCUAAUCAAUCUUCUGUUCCAUCAGUGACCGAAGCUCCGUCGGCUAAUCAAUGUAAUCAGCAAAAUGAUGAGAAUUGUGCCGAUUGCAGUUUUCCAGAAGGAUCAUUUAACAUAACAGCUUUAGAGAAAACGGAUUCAUGUAAUCAUAAAGUUUGUUUAAUGUGUUAUUAUAAACACCAACAAUUAGGUACAAAGCAUUGUCCAAAGUGUAAUGUAUUUUUAUUGUCAUGGCUUUUAAAUAAUAAUUAGAUAAAUUAUUUUUAAUUCAAUAAGUAAAAUAUAACAAAUAAUAUUAUUAUACAAUGUUGUCUUUUUUUAAUAAAAAUUCUCAAAAAUUUCA